AAGCAGCCGCAGACUACGAAUCCCAGAAGACGACCCCCUAUCUCCGCCGUGCGGAUACAUAAACAGCGCGCCGCAGGGAGGCCUGGGAUUCGUAGUCCGCCUGUGAAAGGCUUGCCUGCUGCGGUGAUGCCAGAAGCCAGAAAGCAGGAACGGCCGCACGGCUCCCCAGGAGACGUUCUGUCCCACGGGUAGGAGAGGAACGUGUCGCUCCUCUGCCAGACCGACCGCGGCCCUCGGGCUGAGAGUGACCGGCACUGCUGCCCCCAGUAUCUGCUCGGUGGGCCUUCCGCGGCCGGAGGAACACGAUGGGCCGCGACAGUUCUCGCCCGGACCGGUAGCGCUAGGCACCGGGCGCCGUCGGAGCGCUUAUGGGAGCACCGGAAACCGCCACAGCUGGCGGGCCCGGUGCGGUGGCAGCGCCCGGUGAGUUCUGUCCGGUCCCCGGUGGGCAGGGCGGCCCCUCCUCCCUCUCCGCUCCCUUCGCCCUCCAGCAGGGGAGUUUGGCUGCCGGAGCUGCCUUUCUCUCCCGGCGCAGCAGGACCAGGAACUGCGGAGUCAAAUCCAGGGCGAGCCGCCCACCUUCCCCCGGAUAUUGAGAAAACAAAUGUUUCCUCUCAUACAACGAUGCUGCUUCAACACACCUUUCAGACUGCAGAAGUUACCUGGUGCCAGCGUGCUGCUCCGUGGGAGGAAUAAGACAAGCUGCUCUUCCUUGGCCCUCCUCCAGCUGCAGAGAGAUGCACGGCCCCUCUGCACAUCUCUGAGCCUCAAACCAGCAUCAGUUUACACAACCCAGCUCCGGCCUUUCCACACCUCUCUCCCCAUCUCCAUGAAGAAAACCCCUGCAGAAUCUGAGGCACAAUCACAAGAGAGCCUGGGAUCUCUGAAGGAUUGUCCCAAGCCAGCCCUUUACUUAAGCCUGGGGGGGCUGAUUCCCUUUGUGGCCAUGCCUCUGGCCAUGGCCACGCAGGGCUCCUACUGCCCAGAGCUGGCCUUUGCUCAGGUCGCCUAUGGAGCUGCCACAGCCUCCUUCCUGGGGGGCAUGAGGUGGGGGUUUGCUCUCCCAGAAAACAGCCCAGCCAAGCCAGACUGGCUGAACCUGGCCAAUGGCACAGUUCCUGCUCUGCUUGCCUGCCAAGCCUUGAUUUUCAAAGAUGUCACUCAGGGAGCACUAAUACUCACGGUGGCCUUGGGGAUAGCGCUGCAUUAUGACAUUUCCCUUCUUCCUACUUACCCCAGGUGGUUCAAAGUACUGAGGGUAGUGGGAACAGUGGUGAUGAUAUCAUCCCUGUUGGCCACUGUAGCACUGAAAGCUUUCUUAAAAGGAGAGAAAAGUGAUGACAGAAAAAUACAGCAGAACAUAAAUUAAUAAAUCUGUAAGGAAAAGCUAUUAUCUACUAAUAAGGUAUUUGUAUGGAGUUCCAGGAGAAAUAAAGACUGAUCUGUGCUUAGAAGUUG